GAUUUUAAUAUGAGAUGGUACAAAAAUGUGUGAUGCUCCACUUUAUUGCUCAAAUGUUAAGACCUAGAAAUUGUUGAUAUAAAUAUCUUUUGAGAUUUCCAUUUUUCUUUCACUCUCCUUCUCCUUCUCAACGCCAAGUUGCCCACAAAUUGGCUGCUUGACUAAGGUACUAAAUAAUAACUGGACAUGGAUUCCUCCCCAUAAGACAAGAAAACAUCCAUUAAUAGAAGCUCGAAGCCGAGUGCUAGUUUAAGAAAUUUGAAUCCAUAUCAAUGGACAAACUUUCAUCCUUAUGCUUCUUGAUCCUUUCGAUCGUCACCGUCCUUGUAGUCUCUCGUCUCUGGUUUCCAAUUUUUGUAAACCUUCCACCAGAAGACAUGAAUGAUGAAAAACAAAGCUUUGAAAAACACAUUAGCCUCAUGUCCAAAGCCCCUCACCAUCCACUAGAUCCACUCACUGUCCAAGAAAUCAACAAAGUUAGAGACAUUCUAUCAAGUUACGAACCAUUUUCAAAUUCUUUUCCAACAAUUCACUCUCUAGCACUAGAAGAGCCAGACAAAUCAUUAGUAUUGAGCUGGGAAUUUGGCGACCCACUUCCACCUCGACGAGCAGCCGUUGUCGGAAUCCUCCACGAACAAGUCCACGUACUAUCUAUCGAUCUCGAAUUACACCGCGUCAUUCGACACACAGCGAACCCGACAAGAGGAUACCCAAUGAUCACAAUAGAAGAGCUUCUAAGUGCAUUCGACGUAGCAUUAGCAAAUAGUAACGUUCAAAAGAGCAUACUCGCACGUGGAGUGAAACUCAAGGAUGUAAAAUUCCUUUCCCCAUCACCAGGCUGGUUCGGAAAAGAGGAAGAAGGAAGACGAUUUGCCAAAUUACAAUUUUACACGCUCCAAGGCACAUCAAAUUAUUACAUGAGACCAAUUGAAGGACUGACGGUCACGGUAGAUCUCAACAAGCAAGAAGUAAUCAAAAUCGCUGAUACUGGAAAAGGAAUCCCAAUCCCAAGAAGCGCAAAUACAGAUUAUAUAUACAAUGGCGAAAAAGAGCCACCGGAGAUCAAACAGAUAAACCCGAUAUCAAUAGAGCAACCGAAAGGACCAAGCUUUACAGUUGAGAAUGGACAUAUAGUGAAAUGGGGGAGGUGGGAAUUUCAUAUAAAGCCAGAUCAACGAGCAGGAAUGGUGAUCUCAAGGGUAAUGGUGAGAGAUUCAGAAACAGGGGAGCUCAGAAAUGUGAUGUAUAAAGGGUUUCCAUCGGAGCUUUAUGUGCCGUACAUGGAUUUUGAUGAACAUUGGUAUUUUAAGACAUAUAUGGAUGCUGGAGAAUACGGAUUAGGAUUGUUGUCGACGUCGUUGGUGCCAUUGAAUGACUGUCCAAGGAAUUCGUAUUAUAUGGAUGGGGUGUUUGUGGAUGGAAAUGGGAAGCCGUAUGUUCAAGAAAAUAUAAUAUGUGUGUUCGAGAGAUAUGCUGGAGAUAUCAGUUGGCGCCAUACUGAUACCCUUCUUCCAAAUGCAAAGUCAGGAGAAGCUAGACAAAAAGUGACACUUGUAGCUCGCAUGACAUCAACCUUGGGAAAUUAUGACUAUAUUAUUGAUUGGGAGUUUCAAACAGAUGGUUUAAUUCGUGUUGAGGUUGGAUUAUCAGGGAUGCUAAUGAUAAAAGCAACACCAAAAGAGUAUACAGAAAACAAAGACAAUGAAGGAUUUGAACCAUUGGUAUCAGAAAAUGCAAUAGGAGUGGUUCAUGAUCACUACAUAACAUUUUACCUAGACAUGGAUGUGGAUGGUGUGAAUAAUUCAUUUGUAAACAUCGAUCUUGUUAAAGAAGAACAAGUUAACAAAUCACCAAAAUCUUCGCCAAGGAAAAGCAUAUAUAAACCAUAUAAAAAAGUGGCUAAAAUGGAAGAUGAGGCUAAAAUUAUACUAAGCCUUGUUGAUCCUUCAGAAUUUCAUGUGGUGAACCCAACCAAAUUGUCCAGAUUGGGCAACCCAUCGGGGUAUAAGAUUGUCCCUACAGCCACAGCUGCUAGCUUGCUUGAUUUGGACGAUCCUCCACAAAUCAGAAGUGCUUUUACUAAUAACCAGAUUUGGGUAACUCCAUACAACAAAAAUGAGCAAUGGGCGGGUGGGUUUUUGGCGUACCAAAGCAGGGGAGAUGACACAUUAGCAACCUGGUCUCAAAGAAACCGUCCCAUCGAGAAUAGAGACAUAGUAUUGUGGUAUACUUUAGGGUUUCAUCACGUCCCAUGUCAAGAAGAUUUCCCGGUAAUGCCAAUUGUGUCCUCUAGCUUUGAUCUAAAGCCCGUUAAUUUCUUCGACAGAAAUCCCAUUCUUCGAGCAGCCCCUGCUUUCGUGGAUGACUUACCUGUGUGUAAUGUUCGAUCUUCACUAAACUUUUAAGGAUGUCUUAUUGAACUUAGCUUUGUAGUUUUUGAGGUUGGAGUUUCCGUUACUUAUCUACAUAGUUACUAUGUUAAAUAAAAAGGUUAUGUAAAGGCUCUAUUUAGGUUAAUGUACCUAGAACCAUGAAAAUAAAAUGUAUUAAUUAGUUGGAA